AUUCUGGGUUAUUUUAUCUUAUGGAUUGUAUAGGAUAGGCAAACAUAAGCUUUAUGGAUUCAGACGAUUCCUUUGUCGGUCAUUGAUGAUGUGAGCGUCGUGUGGAAUGGAUACAGUGUUGGUUCAUAUUCACAAGGAUUGUAAAGUUUUGUUCCAUUAGUGUAUGGACUGAAAUAGACUUUUCAUCAUAUACAAUAUGUACCGACUCCUGUAAUUGUCUCAUUAGUUGGUGUCAGGCCGUUACAUGUGAUGCCGUCACUGAAUUAUAGAUGGGCUGUGAGAGGAAUACUGUGUGGACAAGCAGCCUGUGUCCAGGUGUGUUAUUCAGCUGCUGGUUGGAGAGGAGAGGAGAGGAGCUGUGAAUGGAGGAACUCAGCAGCAAGUUACGCAGGAGGUUUGAACCCAAGCCCAGGAAGGUGCGGUUUCGUAUAUCCUCGGCCUUUAGCGGGCGGGUGCUGAGGCAGGUCUACGAGGAUGGGUCUGAAUCGGAGGAGCUGGAGGAGGAGGGAGGGCGUGGGGUGAAGUCUGCGCUGAGCGAGGGUUUCAGAACAAGGAGAGCAGCUGUACAGGAACGCUGGCACCCUCCUCCCCCCUCCUCACCGCUGGUAACACAGAGGAUCAACGUGGUGAGAGAUGGGGACCGUUACGGAUUGAUCAGCGGCCCAGCUCUGCUCAACAGCCUGGCAGCGGCCCGCUCCAGUCCAUCAAGCGUUCUGAAUUUUGGAAAGAUUAUUAUCUACACCAGCAAUCUAAGGAUCAUUAAGAAACCGCUGAGCCAGCAAGAGGCGAUGAGCAAACUUCUGCACAGUCAGCAGUCAGCUGAGGACGAGGCACACCUGUCCAGCAAGGGCACAGGUGAAGGGAACCAUACCAAGCAACCUGUCACAGCGGAGGUACUUUGUACAAUCUUAUUCAUCUAUGUCGAUGCACCAUGUGUGAUGUUUGCAUGUUGUGUGUUGCAUGUUGCUCUGGGCCAGAGGCCAGAGGGCACUGACCCACCCUGCGUCCUGUUGCAGGUGUCAGACCCAGUGCCCAUCUGCCCGCACUGUGACGGGACCGGGUGUGUUCCCUGCUCCCUGUGUCACGGCAGCAAACUCUCCAUGUUCGCCAAUCGCUUCAAGGAGUCGUUCCGAGCGCUGCGUUGCCCUGGGUGUGACGAGAAUGGGGCCCAGCCCUGGUGA